AUGGGGAUCUUAGGUGAGAGCUCCCCCCCGCAACCCUCUCCCUCCGUCUCCGGCGACCUUCCCGGCGGCGGCCCUGAUGGAACCUGAGAACCCCGCCGGCAGGCACCCUCUCGGUGGCGCUCUGGCUCAUCGUACGCUACCUCCACGCCUGCGGCGAGGAGUGGACGGCGCCGGCACCAGCGGCGGAGGCCGGCGGCGAGACGGAGCCCUUGACGGCGGCGAAGGCGGCGCCGCCGCCGCUCUCCUACGGGGCGAUGGAGGAGGGGACGUCGGAUUCCGCCGGGCGGAGCUCGUCGGAGGACCUCUACGACGGGAAGAUCUGCGUCAUCUGCUACGACGUGCAGCGCGACUGCUUCUUCACCCCCUGCGGCCACUCCGUCACCUGCUACCCCUGCGCCAAGAGGUACCCACCUAGGAGCCGUCGCCGGCGCCGGAGACGAUGACGACCAAGUCUCACUCGCCGUCGCCGGCGUGGGGUUUUGUUCUGCUGCAGGAUAAUGGAGGAGGAGGAGGGGAGGGCAUGCCCCAUUUGCAGGAGGCUCAUUCACAAGGCGAGAAGGCUGCCGCAUUACUGA